AUGGCGACACAGGACGCACCGCCACAUUUCAACCCUCGCUUUCUCGUCGUCAGCCUCGGGAAUCCGGCCCCCCACACAAAGACGCUCCACUCGGCAGGCCACCUUGCCCUGCAGGCGGUCCAGCAGCAGCUGCACCUUGCACACGGCCAGCCAGCCUUCUCAUCCGAGCGUAUAGGCAAGAAGGCCGCCAAGGCCUCCGCCGGCGACAAGUACACCCUCGUGCAGUGUCCGACCUACAUGAACGUGUCCGGGCCCUGGGUCGCAAAGGCGUGGAAGGAGGUCCUAGCCACCCACCACGAGCAGCACCCCUCGAGGCCGCUGGGCUUGGUCAUCGUCAACGACGACCUGGAGGAGGACCUGGGCGCCAUCAAGGUCCAGAAGUGGGAGAGGAGCCACCGCGGCCACAACGGCAUGAGGAGCAUCAAGUCCGUCACCAACCCUGAGCAAUACAGCGACUCCAGAUGGUCUCGGAUCGCGGUCGGUAUCGGGCGCCCUGAGGCCAGGGACGCCACCACCGUCUCCAACUUUGUGCUCAGGCCGUGGACCAAGCACGAGGAGCAUGUUCUCUGGGACAAGUCAGGUCCUGGGCUUGUGGCCGCGCUCGCCGAGAUCGAGGAGGCCUGGAGGGCAGAGGGGGAGGGCACCGGCAAGACAGCCACGGCCAAGGCCACAGCCGGCAACAAGCAGCCCAGGAAGACCACGAAGCAGAGGCCAUCCAACAAGCAACCGGCCGCUGGCGGGGUCGUAGACAAGCUGGCGGACGCAGCGACAAUAGCCAUUGUUGACCCAUUAUAA